GGGGAAAUGGGAGGAGAGGAGUCCGUUCGGGAUCGUCUCGUGGACCGGGUGAGUGGUCUGAAGAAGGGGCCAAUGGAGGAGGGCCCCGCCACUCCGGAAAGCGGUCGCAGGGGCGGCGCCACCAUCCGCCGCCAGAACAGAACCUGUUGCACGAACCUCGGCCCCCGAUGGAAAUGGAGAAUGCUCUUCCCGGCGGGCCCCACCCCCUGUACUCUCCGGCCCUGGGAGCCCCGUACGACGAAGAUCCUGGUAUCAUGUCGGAAGUGGAGACCUCUGCGACUGGCUUUCGCACGACGAGGGCCCCCAAGACCCCCCGAAUUGCCUCCUUCCCACCUCCCUCCAACAGGGGAGGAAAGGCCCCCCACGCACCCCGGCGAACGACACCUCAUGGGUGGUCCUGUGUCGCCCCAGCUUAGGCAUGAGAAUUUGACCUUAGGGUUGGUAUUUCUACAGUAUAGGAGCGAGACUAAGCGAGCCCUGCUGCCAAAUGAAAUCACCACCCUAGACACCGUGAAAGCUCUCUUUGUUCGGUCCUUCCCCAAGCAGCUUACCAUGGAGUACCUUGAUUCGCCCAAUAUACGCAUCUACAUACACGACCCCACCAAAGACAUGUUCUACGAGUUAGAAGAUCUCAGGGAUAUUCGGGAUCGGUCCGUGUUGCGCAUUUAUGAGCAGGAACCUAAUGGAGAAGUGUACAGCACCUGGGAACAAGAGCUGAGCUACUUCUCCGAGCCUGAGUUCGAUUCCGAGUAUCAGAAUCAGCAUAUCCACAGAGCAAAGGGAGGGGUCGGUUAUUACGGUGCUGGACUCAACACAUAUUGUCCUCUAGCUACCCAGACUUUGCCCCCUGGUCCUUAUUCACCACCUGAUAGAACGAAGCCUCCUAUUGCUUAUGCUCAAACUUUGCCUUGGGGAGCACACUUAACGUACGCACCGUCUGGUCCUCCAAGUCCAGAACGGCGGCCCAAAGAAAUUCUCCUACCUCCAGGCGUGAUGCAACCCCCUCCGAAGCCUCAACGUUCAUUUACUCAGACUGGUACCUUGCCAAUAGGAAAGGGAAUCCGAUGCACCCCACCCCCACCGACGGGUCCCCCACCUUCUAUUCCUUCACCCCGAUCUGGGAUGCCCCGCCCGGAACGUCGCCACGAGCCCCAGGGGAGCUAUCGUCCCCCACCGGAGCGGCCCUACUCAGCCGGAGCGCAGCCCAUCUACACGGUGUCGCCUGAACGUCAUUAUGAACCUACAUACCGCAAGACUAGCUAUGAACCGGGUUAUUUGUCUUCUCCAGAGCGGCGUUACGAGCCAGCUCGGGCUUUUCCCCCUGCACCCGUUUCACCCUACGAAGAGCCGUACUACGGAGCGACGGAGAGGAUCUACGGAACACGAUCCGGAUCCGUCACGCCGGUCGUCGACGAAGAAACGAGGCAUCGGGUGGAGCAAAUGGAAAGACAACUAGCUAGUCUGACGGGUCUCGUUCAGAAAGCUUUACAGGCGCCCCCUCGAACAACUUCUGCACAGCAGAUUCCCACUAGAGACGUAACAAAAGAACGAGGACAAGGAGAAGGCUAUUCAGAGAAUAGAUCCUCUAAAUCCUCUUCUUGUGCAUCACUAAUAAAUGAUAAUUCCGAACAUUCCCCAGAACAGCAUAACAAAUAUUCCUUUAAAGAAGAAAAGUCGGUGUCUUUUUCCGAUGAAACCACCACCGUCAGCUCUCCCGUCCACCAGAAGCAGCAUUCCCCUCAACACGCAGCCGAGCGACCCGUCAAGCCAGCCAUCAAGUCCUCCUUAUCCCUUCGCAGCCAACAUUCUUCAGAUCGUGAGCCUAGAGCUAAACCAGCUCCACCCCCUAAACCAAGUUCACUUUCCGAAAGACAACAUUCCGUAUCCCCACCAACCAAAGAAUUUCGAGUGAGUGUAGAAAUGUACAGUCAGCUGAGGCAUCUGAGGAAGCAAACUAAGGAUCUGAGGCUGGAAGUGCGGAACCUUAGAAGAAUUGCGCAAUCGCAAGCCAUCACUGCCAAAGAAACUGUUCGAGAAACUUGCCUUAAGAUAAAGUCUAUGCUCGCCGCGGCGCAAAUGGGUGAAGAGCAUGUUUGUGCAGAGAGGCUGAAGGUCUCACGAGAAGAAGAAUUGUAUAGGCAGGAUGUAAAUCACCUUGAAAAGGAUUUACUAGAGCUAGAAAGUCAGGUGGAAGAUUUAAGAGGGAAUGUCAUCAAUCGCAAAUGUCGAGUCAAUCUGAGUGAUGUCGAAGGAAUGGCCUUGGUGCUUAGCAGAGCAAGUAAAGCCGUAGCAGAGUUGAAAGCACGAUUUCCUGCUCUACAGGAAAGCCUUAAAACCAUCAUGGCUGUAGAAAUGGAAGUGGUUGUUCGGGAGGAAAAAUUCCUCAAAGACGAGCCAGAAAGGUUAGAAAAUGCCCUGCGGCGGUGUAAAAAACUUACAGGAACGCUAGUUACUCUUAAAAGACUGGCUUCCGUACAGGAGCAGCGGCAUACUGUUGGACAUCAUCUGCCGGAGAAGUCACAUUCUGCUGAUGGACCACAUUCAGAUGGAGAAAUGCAUUCCGCAAAAAGCCUGAGUCUGGAUGCGGGAACGCAUACCGUCAUCCACGUACCACCUGAGGGACACACGAAGCAGCAGACGGCGCUGGACGCCUUGCUGAGCGAGUUACAGACCUUCAACCUGCCUGCAGAGCAGAAGCAGCAAAGAGACAACAUCCCUGGACUCUUGGGACCGCAGCGGCGGCUUCCUUCUUAUCCGAGUGCGGAUUCUCCUGUCCGUUCUCCCAUCCACGGCAUGCCACAGGCCCGCUCCCCUACGUCCCUCCCCACUGUUGUCGAUCCGGGGGCGAAAACGCUGAUCGUGACGCCCAUAACCAAGAGUCUCUCGCCAACGCCCACGGAGCGGAGACCUUCACCUACAUCGCAGCUGGCUGUGAAGAACACGCCCCCGGAGUCUGUGGCCAAAAAGGUGCCGCCUCCACCGCCGCCACGCACCACCAGUCGGUCGCCGGUGGUGUCCCCGACGGAAGCCCUCACCGCCAAACCUGUGCAGACUCUUCGGUCUGUCCUGGCUUCACGGAACCCGCCCCCGCAGAGAAGCAGUUCCAUGCCCACCCCCAGAGGAUCCUCCCAUCCGAUGCUCCGACAGACGGCAUCCACAAGGCAGUCGUCUCGGGAACGCCCGGACCCGCCCUCUGCCCCUCCUCCUUCCUCUGCCAGUUCGAAGGAAGUUCUGGUGAGAACGUCUGCCCUGAACGACGAGCCGCCUCCCAGAGAUCAGCUCUCCAGCAACAGCAGCAGCAGCGAGAGCGUCAACUCACAGGAAGGACUUCAGAUGGCCCUACAAGCAGCCAAGGCAGAACAGUUGAAAGUAUCGCAGCAAUUGAGAAAUGAGCUGCAAGAUGAGCUCGCUCCAGGAUCCAAGAACCGGCAAGAACUUUUAGAAGCGCGACAUCAAGAGCUACUGAGGAAACAAAAACAGCUGCAGGAACAAUACACACGCCUGCAACAAAUACAGCGCGGACAGGUUUUCGCCCGGUUCGGAGCGAAAACCGGAGACCUCAAGAAAACAGGCAGCGAGUCGAACAUUCUAUCCAAGGCAGGGUUACUGUCAUUGGCAGCUGCAUCUGGAUCCAUGCAGCAUCUUGCGGUCACGGGAUCGGUUUCGAACCCGAUCUCCGGAUCCAAAACAUCACCUUCUUCCUCACCCAUCCCUGAAAAAGGCGGAGCUCACAGCCCCGCCCAAAAAAUUUUCGAGACUGAUAUUCUUUGA